CGUAUCUGCAGUCUCACGUAUCUCCGCCUGCUCGAGUUUACGCGAAAACUGCCAGGGCAUGGGGAGGUAGCGAACGAUUAGCCUCUUCAGGACUUGGAAAAAAAUAUUUCACCCGGUGUUGGUAAUCAGUAGCUUGGUGGUUAACGUUUGCUGCAUAUAGUAAAUGUUAAUUAAUUUUGUUUUGUAAUGGAUAGCUUAUUCACGCCUUUACGUUGUUUAAGUGAACAACAUGCUUUAGAAUUAUAUAAGGACGACAAUGUGGAAACCGUGACUUCAGUAGAACAGAAAAAAGUGGAACGCAGUGUCCGAGAGGUUUUCAGUGUUUACCAGCAAAAUCACACAUUACCACAGCCUACGUUACUGAGGGAUCAGCAUUACGCCUAUCUGAAGAAGGGGCUACGACAUCUUUCGGACGCGUAUGAGUGCCUGGACGCCAGCCGGCCCUGGCUCUGCUACUGGAUCCUGCACAGCCUGGAGCUGCUGGAGGAACCCGUCCCUGCCUCCAUCUGCUCAGACGUGUGCCGGUUCCUGGCCCACUGUCAGUCCCCGACGGGAGGCUUCAGCGGAGGCCCGGGGCAGCACCCGCACCUGGCGCCCACCUACGCCGCCGUCAACGCCCUCUGCAUCAUCGGCACGCAGGAGGCCUACGACGUCAUCGACAGACGGAAGCUUCUGGACUUCCUGUACUCGGUGAAGCAGCCCGACGGCUCCUUCGUGAUGCACGUGGGCGGGGAGGUCGACAUCAGGAGCGCGUACUGCGCUGCGUCGGUCGCCUCGUUGACUAACAUAAUGACCCCCAAGCUGUUCGAGGACACACCCAGCUGGAUCCUCAGGUGUCAGAACUGGGAAGGGGGUCUGGGCGGGGUGCCGGGCCUGGAGGCCCACGGGGGAUACACAUUCUGCGGCACGGCGGCCAUGGUGAUCUUGAACAAGGAGCACAUGCUGGACCUCAGAACUCUACUACGCUGGGUGACCAGCAGGCAGAUGCGCUUUGAGGGAGGGUUUCAAGGACGCAGUAAUAAGCUGGUGGAUGGCUGCUACUCAUUCUGGCAGGCAGGCCUGCUCCCCCUGCUCCACCGAGCCCUUUUCAAAGAAGGGGACCCGACACUCAGCAUGAGUAGCUGGAUGUUUGAUCAGCAGGCCCUGCAAGAGUACAUCCUGCUCUGCUGCCAGAACCCUGCAGGGGGUCUGCUCGACAAGCCCGGCAAGUCGAGGGACUUUUAUCACACCUGUUACUGCCUGAGCGGGCUGUCCAUCGCUCAGCACUUCGGGAGCCGGGACUUCCAUCACGAGCUCAUCCUGGGCAAAGACGAGAACAGACUGGCACCAACUCACCCUGUCUACAACAUUUGCCCUGAAAAAGUCGCUCAAGCAAUCGAGCAUUUCCAUCAGCUGCCCGUCCCAGCGCAGAAGGAGGAAUCCGCUAGCGCUCCAGAGCUCUCAUAGAUUCCAAAGGAAAAGCGCUCCCCUUCGACCUGUAUACAUGUAUUGUAUACUGCCCUCUAGAGGUGUGGAGGGAGAGACUUGUAUCACUAAUGAAGCUGGACCCUCCACAGCCCCAGCUGGAUUUCUGAAGCCGGUGUAGUGACCGCCUCUUUUCUCUCUGUCCAAUCAGCUGCUGAAUGCCCCUCUGACAGAUUAGCCGCUAAAAUAAUGGCUUGUGUUGCACUCCAUUUUUAGUAAACGUCAAAUAAAAGAAAAAAGUGUCCUGAACAUUUUUAUUUA